UAUAGAAUGACAAUGUAUAAUGAAAUUUCCAAUGGUUAUAAAUUAAAGUUUACAGUUUUAUUAUAUUCUGCUUGCAUUAUAGUGUAAUGGUCUAAUCAUAUUUUAAUCAUCUCUCUAAGCAUAAGCACAAAUGCAUUGUACCGUCAACACUACUUGUAUAAUGUUUUAGUAUAUUCCACUUGUAUUGACAUUGUUUAAAUUUAUAAGUUCGUAACUCGCACAUAUUCAGUGAUGGCACCAGGUGGGAGAGCACGUCGUUCGUGCACUAGAUCUACCCCUUCUACCCGUGAUGCGACGGAGACAGCAUCGCCAUCACAUGUUGCAUCGCAGACAUCUGAUCCCUCAGUUGCACAUACACUGGGCACUGUAUCAUCGUCGACCAGCCGACGAGGAUGUGGACCCACGCGUGGGUCGCUUUUAAAGCGACUUACGCGUGAGGGUAGGGUGAGGGUAGAGUUCCUACAGGAUUGCAUUAGACCUGUUGGGAACAAUGUCAGACUGUUUACGUCGGAAGUCGGUGUCUUAUGCCGAUCUCUGAUCCCCCCACCACCCCCUGUUGGAGAGACGUGACAAAUAAUGUAUGACAGCUCAUCCG